GGACUUUUUUAUUAAAGUAAGAAUUAUUCAAAAAUAUGCUGUGAUUGCUGACAUCUUACGCCAUGAAGUAGUGUAUGUUUACGCUUUAUUAUAUUAGGUAUAGACAUUUCACGCGGGCACAAGCAGCUGUUAGUUAUCAAAACAAACACCUUGAAAAAGGCCAAUGUUUCUAUAAUUAUGAUUACGUGAACAUAGAAUAUAACUGAUAUAAACUUAUCAGGGAAAUAACAAAUUAUGUCGACAACGGUACAAGAUAACAGUGUUUGCUCUCUCUUGUUGAUACAAAAACAUUCACAGAGCAUUGAAAUCUAUGCGUAUCACAGUCGAGUGGGGCGCGUUAACACGGUCAUUGUUCUGUGGUAAACUACUGCAUUAUCCGUAUCAAACAGUAUCGUAUGUAACGUUAUAAAGAACGGUCUUGAAAAAUGUUGAAAAAUCCUAAAUAUGUGUACGGUGAGGAAGAUCUGUAUUUACCAGCACAUUUGAAUUUUGGUUCGUUUAUGUUGAAUAAUUUAUGGAUGAAUAAAGACAAAGUAACAUUGAUUAAUGGAUCAACACACGAAAAACUUACAUGUGGCGAAAUAGCUCAAGAGGCAAUGAACAUAGCUGUUUCAUUGAGAAAUAUUGGUCUUAAAAAGGGGGAAGUGGUAGCAGUUUGUUCAGAGAACAGACGAGAAUUCUGGGGUACUGUUAUUGGAAUAGUCUGCGCCGGUGGUGUCGUGACUACAAUUAAUCCAGGAUAUACUAAAGAUGAAUUAAAACAUGUGAUGAGUAUAUCGAAACCUAAAUAUGUAUUCUGUUCACCAAACACUUAUAACACAUGUGGAAAAACACUAAAAUCAGUUAGCAGUGUUAAUAAAAUUAUUGUAUACGGAGACGCAUAUAUUAAAGAAAAGAAUACGCUAUCAUAUAACGAUCUAGCGAAGGUAAAUACCAAAGGAGAGAUGUUUAAGAAAAUUGAUUUGGAAGAAUUCGAAGUUGUAGAAGUUAACGGACAAACAGAUACCUUGUUUAUAUUAUAUUCAUCAGGAACUACAGGACUACCAAAAGGAGUUAUGCUAACCCACCUCAAUGUAUUGGUUUCAUGCUGUUUGGAGCCUACCAUGCAAUCGGAAGCAGUAAACCUCACAAUAACGCCUUGGUAUCAUACAAUGGGCCUCAUUGGAACGCUACGAGGUCUGUCAACAGCACUCAAAGUAGUCUUCUUGCCAAAAUUUGAAACAGAAUCGUACCUCAACACAAUAGAAAGAUACAAGGUUAAUUUGCUAAUAGUCGUACCACCUGUGUUAGUCGCUCUCUGCAAAUACAAAUCAAAUCAUGAUCUCAGUUCUGUAAAUGUCAUAUAUUCUGGAGCUGCGCCUUUACACGGAGAUACUAUAAAGGAUGUUCAUAAAAGAUUUCCCAAGCUACUAUCCGUGUUGCAAGGAUAUGGAAUGACUGAAGUCACGUUGGCAGUAACACGGGAUGUUCAAAGCACAGCGCACUUGGCUAAGCCUGGUGGUGUCGGUUUUGUUGUAAAGAAUGCUGUUGUUAAGGUCGUGGAUAUCCAUACAAGAGAACCUUUAGGUCCAAAUCAACCGGGUGAGAUUUGUGCAAAAGGCGUUAUCAUAAUGAAAGGUUACAUGGGAAAAGAUAAAGGAGAUGAUUUCGAUGAAGAAGGUUUCUUCAAAACAGGCGACAUAGGUUACUACGAUGAAAACAAAUAUUUCUUUAUUGUUGACCGACUCAAGGAACUUAUCAAAUACAAAGCUUAUCAGGUGCCACCAAUGGAAUUGGAAGCAGUACUGCUGCAGCAUCCAGCAGUACGCGACGUGGGUGUGGUGGGUUUGCCACACGCAUCAGCGGGCGAAGUACCCCUAGCGUUUAUUGUACUGCAACCCAACACUAAUGCAACGGAGAAAGAACUUCAGCAAUUCGUCGCUGAGAGAUUGUCAAAUCCUAAACAUUUACGAGGCGGUGUACGAUUCGUGAAAGAAAUUCCUAAAAACCCCAGUGGGAAGAUACUAAGGAAACGCUUGCGAGAGAUGGUCAAGACUAAAAAGAGUAAACUGUGAUACUCAGAGACGAAUUUAUAGCUAAAUAUAUGGGCGUUGUCAGCCGAUGAACUUGUAAUCACUUAAUGUCAUUAACUCCAAUGUAGAUAAAAAUAAAUUACUUUUUGAUAAUA